CCUCCAACUGUUGAGGCCAAAGACUUGGAAAGGAGGCUGACUUGUUACACAAGCUCUUCCUUGAGGCGCCCCCCCUCUCCUUUUGUGAGGCACACGGGCACCAAAAGCCUGCCUUUUGAUGUUGUUUUGAGCCCUUUUUGUUGAAGAUUGAGGAGAGAGAGAGAGAGAAAGAGAGAGAAGCAGCUCUCUCCGAGCCCUGAAUCCUCCCCUCCCUCUUUCCCUUUGGGCGAAGGAUUACGGCUGCUCUAAUCUGGCGGCGGCGAAGGGAGGGAUUUACCUGCUGCUGCUGCUUCUGCUGCUGUUGCUUCUUCUCCUUGGGCUUCUCGAUCUCCAUUCCCCCCGGAGACUCUUUCCCUCUCAUCGGAGCCUCGGAAGGGGAAACUUUCCACUCCCCCGGAGAAUAUUAUCACUACUACUCCUCUCUCUUCUCAGAGCCACGCCGCCGGAGGAACAUCCCCCCCUUUGAGAGACCACAGGACUCUCUGGAAUGGCAGUGAGGAUGGAGUGAAAGCAGCUUACGCAGCGAAGAAGUGGGGAGAGGAAAGAGCUAUAUUAAAAAUGUCUUUUCAUACCUGACACUCGUAAUGCAGUGAUUGACUACACUAGCCACAUACGGAAUUUAACAUGGCCUAGUUGAAUUGAUUUUUGGAGAGUUGAUGAUGUCCACAGCCACAAGUUGCAAGAAAAACCAUCAGGCUGUGAGCCUCGAAGGAGUUGACCCAGAGACCUGCAUGAUAGUUUUUAAAACCCAUUGGGCACAGGUUGUAAAAAUCUUAGAGAAGCAUGACCCUUUGAAAAAUGUUCAGGCCAAAUAUGGGGUAAUACCUCCUGAUGAAGCCAGUACUGUGCAGAAUUAUGUGGAGCACAUGCUCUUCCUUUUAAUUGAAGAACAAGCCAAAGAUGCCGCAAUGGGCCCUAUCCUGGAGUUUGUGGUCACCGAGAAUAUCAUGGAGAAACUCUUUCUUUGGAGUUUGAGGCGGGAAUUCACUGAUGAAAUGAAAAUAGAACAACUGAAGAUGUACGAAAUGCUUGUCACACAGUCCCACCAGCCCUUGCUGCAUCACAAACCCAUCCUGAAACCUUUAAUGAUGUUGUUGAGUUCUUGCUCAGGAACCACAACCCCAGCUGUAGAGAUGGACUUGGUCGUUCUUCUCAACCAGCUCUGCUCAAUCCUAGCCAAAGAUCCAUCUAUCUUGGAACUCUUCUUCCACACCAGCGAGGACCAAGGAGCUGCAAACUUCCUGAUUUUUUCACUCCUGAUUCCUUUCAUCCAUCGAGAUGGGACUGUUGGCCAGCAGGCUCGUGAUGCAUUGCUUUUUAUCAUGUCACUUUCUGCAGAAAACAGUGUGGUUGCAAAUUACAUCGUAGAAAAUACUUACUUUUGCCCGGUGCUAGCAACAGGCCUAAGUGGCCUAUAUUCAUCUUUGCCUACAAAGCUGGAAGGUAAAGGAGAAGAAUGGAACUGUUUGCUGAAAGAUGAUUGGCUUCUUUCUCCAGCCCUUGUCCAGUUUAUGAACUCUCUUGAGUUCUGCAAUGCAGUAAUACAGGUGUCCCAUUCUCUGAUUCGUAACCAGCUUGUGAACUACAUUUAUAAUGGGUUUCUGGUACCUGUUAUGGCCCCAGCUCUUCAUAAGGUGACUGUGGAAGAGGUCAUGACUACAACUGCAUACUUGGAUCUCUUCCUAAGGAGUGUUUCAGAGCCAGCUUUACUCAAGAUCUUCCUUCGGUUCAUUCUACUUCACCGCCACGAAAAUGUGCACAUUCUGGAUACACUCACAAGCCGCAUAAACACUCCAUUUCGGCUCUGCGUGGUGUCCUUGGCAUUAUUCAGAACACUUAUCAGCUUACAUUGUGAAGAUGUGAUGCUACAGCUAGUUUUAAGGUACUUGAUACCCUGCAAUCACAUCAUGCUCAGCCAAAGAUGGGCUGUGAGGGAACGAGACUGGUAUUCUGUAUCUGCUGCUAGAUUGCUUGCCUUGACUCCAGUAUGCUGUUCUAGUGGGAUUACUUUGACUUUUGAAAGACAAGAGAAAGAUUACAUCCUGUGGAGAAAGAACAUACAUGGGGCAGGUUCCCCUGAAAGGUCUACCCAUGGUAGCAUUACAGACUCCACAUGUAUUGUUGAAUGUGGGAAAACAGUUGAUAUCAGUUAUCUCCAAUACCUCUGGGAUGCUCAAACUCUUAUACUCCACUGCAUGAAAGAUUGUGAGGUUUGGUCUUCUCCAUAUGAUGGUGAAAAUCCUGAUCCAUAUACCUUUAUUCAAACACUUGCUGAGGAGGAUAGUAAAAACCUAAAUCAGCCAAUUUUCCAACUUAAGCACAGAACCCCUAGCAACUCUCAUUCCUCUCAGAUAACUCCACUCACAGAAAAGAUGCAGCUUGAACUAGAAUGGGAUGAUAGCUAUGAUACAGGGAUGUCUCCUGGAUCUGUUACGGGUUCACCUCAGCACGAUGAUAGUUUACAGAGUGUAAAUGCAAAACCACCUGCAGAACCACCAAAGCACAUUCAAGAGAUGAAGAAAAAUGCAAUAAUGUUGAUCAAAGGGUCAUAUAUAGAGGAGUCAGACUUUCAAGAUGAUGUCAUGGUAUAUAGGUUAUGUGCUCAGAAAGAUGCACAGGAAAGGAACAACUCAAAAGAAUCCCCAAUGUCAGAAUCCCCAAAUGCACAUCAUCCAACCAUGUUCCUUACAAGUCCCCAACCAGAGUGCAAUGUGAAAAAUUCAAACAUAACUGAACAUACAGCAGUUGAGAUCCACGAAAGAACUAUUGAAACCAGCCCACAGCCGGACUUGGAACUGGGGUUGUCUUCCACAGAAGCAGAUCACAAUGCUAAUGUGAGGCUGCUCAGUCCAGAAAAUGAGGAUUUUAUUUCUCAAUGUGAUAACAUCAUUAAAGAAUUGGAUUCUAACUGUACAGGGUUAGUAGAACUUAAAUUGCUUAUCCCUGAUGCUAUUUCUCCCAUGGAGGAGGAAGAGGACUUUGAAAAUUUUUCAGCUGACACUCCCACCACAGAAAGUAUACCAUCACCCUUUGGAUCCAAAGAGGCAUGGUUAAGGAGUCCUUCAAGGAUCCAGAAUAUCCCAUUUACAGGGCCAUUUAUCAGUGUGGUGCUUUCAAAGCUGGAAAACAUGUUGGAAAACUCUUUGCAUGUGAAUUUGCUGCUCAUUGGUAUCAUUACCCACCUGGCUAGUUACCCACAACCUCUUCUGCGCUCCUUUCUGCUUAAUACCAACAUGGUAUUUCAACCUAGUGUGCGAUCAUUGUACCAGGUGCUAGCUUCUGUGAAAAACAAAAUUGAGCAGUUUGCUUCCAUUGAAAAGGAUUUUCCUGGUCUUCUCAUGCAAGCCCAACAAUAUCUCCUUUUACGGGUGGACAUGUCAGAUAUUCAUCUACAGUCACUGGCCAAAGACAAUGCCCAGCACAACAAUGUCACUGGGAAAGGUAGGAAUCUCUCAGAUGCGUCUCAAGCCAUCCUGCAUCCCUUUUCAGGAAGUAAGACAAAGAAAGGAGCGUCUCUUCCCAGCGUUCCUCUGCACAUCCGGAAUGCCAUCCUUGCGGCUGCCCUCUUCCCAGAGUUUCUCAAGGAGCUCGCUGCUCUUGCACAGGAACAUUCCAUUCUAUGUUACAAAGUAUUUAGUGAUUUUGAAGAUUAUUACUAGUUUUAAAGACUUUCUUUUUUGAAAAAAGACAUUUUAAUGUUUGUUUUAAACACAAGAACUACUUAUUAAGGAAAAUGUUACUUUAUAUUCCUGGUAAUACUUGAUUCAGGGAAACUUGUUACAUCUUCAUGUUGGGCCUUAUUUCCAACUGUGCAACAUACAAAUUUAGUGUA